UACAGCGACAGCUAUUAAAAUAUUGAUAAUAAGCAAUUGUUCUUGCGUCGAGUUUUGAUUGAUUGAUUGCAAUCAUUAGGUGAGUGGAAAUGAACGACCACAUUCAGAAAAUUCUCUUCACGGAGCAGCAAAUCUCGCAUAGGAUUUCCGAACUGGCAUCCACAAUCACCGCCGAUUUCAAUGCCAGCGGCGCUGCUCCGGCGGUUGUCGCUGUCGCCACCGGAGCUUUUCUCUUCGUGGCUGACCUUGUGCGGAAGAUUCAUCUCCCUAUCACCGUCGAUUUCAUCCGCGCCGAAUCGUACGGCUCCGGCACCGUCUCCAAUGGCCACCCCGCCGUUUCAUUCGGCUUGAAACUCGAUGUUCGAGGGAAGCACGUUAUUCUGGUUGAGGAUAUUGUGGAUACGGGGAACACGUUGUCAUGUCUCAUCGAUUACAUGAAAACGAAUGGUGCCUCUUCCGUGUCUGUUUGCACUCUUCUUGAUAAACCAGCAAGGCGAAAGGUUCACUUUCAAGUUGUCGGUGAAGGGAAGUUUUACCGUGGCUUUGAGUGCCCAGAUGAGUUUGUUGUGGGCUAUGGACUCGACUUCGCCGAGCAGUACCGGAACUUGCCAUAUGUUGGUGUCUUAAAGCCAGAGAUGUACAAGUGAGACAUCAUUUUCACUGUGCAGCAGUGUGUAAGCGCUUUCAGUCAAAUGCUUGAAGAAGCUUUGCAACAGUUGAUUGCUCGGAUAUCUUUCAGGAACUCGAUGCAGUAAAAAAAACCAACAUUAAUUUUGUUUCUUUUUCUCAGUAUUGUUGAAUAGAGUCUCAAGUUUAAAUGUUUUUUAGUACUAUAUGAUUUUAUUGAUUCCAGCUAUUUUUAUUAA